AUAGUACGAAAUAUCCCCUAAUCGUUCGAACAGGACACCCAGAAAAUAAAACGAAUAUUCGGACCACGGCAUCUUUAACCGGAAAACAAUUCCCCAAACUCCAAAGCAAUAGAAGAGAGAGAUAGAGAGAGCAGAGAUCUCAGAGAAGAGAGAUUUCACAAAUUCGGCUAGGUUCCUGAUCAUCAUUUUUUAUGUUAUUCGAAGCAGGAUUUGUCGACGAUUUCUGUGGAGCUUUUAGACCGCCGCCGCCGCCGCUACCUCGAAUUUCUGUGUUUCAUUUCGAUUCUCCUCUAAAAAAUGAAAUUCUUGGAAUACACUCGGUUAAAUCGAAUAAACGAUUUUUUGAGUCAUCUAAAUCUUGGUGAGCGUACGAUUAAAGGAUGUUUGGAGGCAUAUUCAUGUAAACACACAAGCAUAGACAAAAGGCUUUCGUUGAGUUUGGAACAUGAGAUACUUGAUUAUCUUGGAAGAUCAUCUGAAGCUGAUUCCCCUUCACCUGCUGAAGAUUUGAUUAGCAGAUCCAGCCGGAAGACACUGAUUUAUCUGAUCCUUACUCUGUACCACAUGUACCCAGAUUAUGACUUCAGUGCAGUGAAGGCUCAUCAGUUCUUCGUAGAUGAAAGCUGGGACAGUUUCGAGCAGAUAUUUGAUUCUUAUAUGAGAGAAGCAUCAAAGGUAUGGAUUGAAGCUAAUGGUGGUACUUCCCUGCUUGAAGACUUGUUCAAGGCAUUGGAUGAAGUGGUAAGACUCUCUGAUUGUGAGAUUUACAGCUACAAUCCUGACUGUAAUGCAGACGCCUUUCUAGAAAGAGGAGCAAUAUGGUCAUUUAAUUUCUUCUUCUACAAUAGAAAGUUAAAGUGUGUUGUGAGCUUACGCUUCUGCUGUUUGAGCAACUUGGUGGUUGAUGAAUUUCUCACUGAUGAGUUGGCUUUUGAGGAAGAUGGAGAGAUAUUUGACAACAUGGAUAUCUGAGAGCACUGUUGUUCAUAGCGCCUUGAUUUGUGUAACUAUGUGAUUGUAGGUCUGAAUGUUUGUAGGAGUUUUUCCCUUGUAUUUGUUUACUGUAACACUUACCAUAUCCUGUAAGUUAGUUAAUGUGAAGUUGUUAGAAAUUAGAAUCGCUUCCCAACUCGGGAUGCUAUGAUGUAAAUAUGCAUCAGGCUGCAUCCAGGCCUUAGGGCUUAGGACUUGAAAUAUUCAAUCAUGGAUACCGUAAAAGUUCUGUUGCACUGUAAUACUGUACCAUUUGUGAACUCUUUGCCUUCUUUAGUUAUGCUAUGAUGUUUGUGGAUUUCAAUUGUUUGGCAA